AUGAACCCGCAGAGCCGGGGUGAAGUGACACUGCAGUCUGCCGACCCGACGGUGCCUCUUUUAUUCAACCCUAGGUUUCUGUCACAUCCCUAUGAUCGCCGUGUUGCUAUUGAGAGCUACCGUGAUCUUCUGAAACUAAGUGCCCACCCAUCCUUUUCUAAGGAUACCAUAGGGGACCUGAUUCGACCACAGGGGGACAGUGACGAGGCUAUCCUUGAAUUCUGGAGGCAAUUUGUCAGUUCAACCUGGCACAUGACUGGGACUGUGAAGAUGGAGAGACCAGAUGAUCCAGACGCAGCUGUGGACCGCUCAUUCCGAGUCCGGAAUCUGGAGGGACUACGAGUGGCAGACAUGAGUGUGGUACCUGUCCUGCCGAACAGCCACACGCAGGUGACAGCUUAUCUUGUGGGAGCCACAUGUGCAGACGUUCUCAUUGAGGAGUAUGAUCUUUCCUACCAAGUCUGA